GAUUCAAGUGUCCUGUCUGCUCUAAGUCUGUGGCGUCCAGUGAAAUGGAAGUCCACUUCAUCAUGUGUCUAAGCAAGCCUGCCUCUCUACAACGCACGUUCUGCCCUGUGUGUGUGUGUGUGUGUGUGUGCGCGCGCGCAUGUGCGCCUGCCACUUUAGAUGAUGUGUUGGCGAGGGAUGCCGGUGAGUGUGUGAUAUGUCUAGAGGAACUGCAGCAAGGGGACACCAUAGCCAGACUGCCGUGCCUCUGCAUCUACCACAAAAGCUGUAUAGACUCAUGGUUUGAGAUCAAUCGAUCCUGCCCCGAACACCCCUCUGACUGACUGACCACCAGGCCCACUAUGAAUACUCUUUCAAGGACAUCUCGUGGUCCUGCCAUGGAUAUCUGGACACAGACGCAACCAAAUCUGAUGAAACAAUCAAAGCGAUCAACACGUACUUAUUCUGACAGAUUCUAUCAUCCUAACCAAGAUAAUUAUUCCUCGUGAACUGAACCAAAAAAAAACGUGAAACCUUCGUACAUUAAAGGCC